AUGUCUACUAUGGUUUGGAGACAGACAGACUUUGUAGUCGUUCGACUUCACGCCCUUGAACCGCAGCCGCAACUCACUAUAGCAACACCAGUCCCUGAGGAAUCCAAACCACCCAAGACCUCUGUAACACUUCCACGUUUCUGGUCAGCUAAUGGAGAGAACAUGGACGAUCUAACUCAUUGGGAGAAGCCCAAGGGUAUUGAAAAGAUCAUGGGACUCGUCUUUUACGGACGGCGGCAAUCUGUCUCAAUUUUAGAUUGCUAUCUCAAGCGAAAUCUUGUCAAGAAUGGGGGCUUACUUGAUGGGGUUAUAUUCGUGGAACGAACUAAAGACCCUCAGGAUCUGGCUCUCUUACAAAAGCUCCUAGAGAGUGAAGACACGUACCAAAAGUGGCAAGUUGAGAUGUCCGACGAAGAUAACUUCUCUAGUGGGUUCGGCAAUUCUUACGACCGAGUUGAAGACGAUGUGAUGUAUGUCAAGAUUGACGACGACAUUGUUUUUGUGGAAGACAGUGUUAUUCCCUCUAUUGUCAAGAAAAAGAUUGAUCAUCCCGAGUACUAUAUUGUCUCGGCAAAUGUCGUCAAUCAACCGCUACUAAGCUGGGUUCAUUGGAAUCUAGGAGCUAUAAGACCUUAUCUUCCAGAGGUUGACACUUCAGGCAAGGCUGUGCCUUUCGCCACGUCUGGUCCGUUGAAGGAGGAAUGGAGCUCGUUGCAUCUUCCCCUGUGGAACGGACCCGAGUCCUUCUUCAUUCAAGAAUGGGACCCUGAAGGUAUCAAGCACCGCUGGUUGCCACUCGACCAGGGUGGCGAGGAUCAUAUACUUGACACAACUCCCAUUGAAGCCACCGAGUACGACCCCAUGGGCCGCGGCUGGACCGAGUGGACAAUCGGUGCACAAGAACACUUUAGCUUUUUUGAGAAUCUUGGGAAGAACAAGCUAUCCGCUUACAAGUUCGACACAUGGGACUUUCAGUACGAGAGAAUGGGCAUCCAAUUCGUUGCUUUGUUGGGCCGAGAUAUCAAUCGUGCCAAGCCGAUCGAAGCAGAUGAUGAGAAUCAUUUUUCAUGCAACAUGCCACGGAUGCUUGGAAGACAUGCCGUAGCCGAUGGACAAGGUGUUGUUGCUCAUUACAGCUUCGGAAGUCAGCGCGCCGGUAUGGAUCAAACCGAUGUCCUCGAUCGAUACAGAUCUUUUGCGAGCAAUCAUAUAUGUGCUGAACCUAUCCUAUGGACACCGGAGGAGGGCUGA